UUUAUCGUUAUAAGAACAAUAUUUCUAGACAUCAACAAUUAUAAAAUAGUAAAAUUUUGCUACGUUUCCCUCACUGUGUUUUAUUCACUAGUUCAUUGUCUACAAUUUUAUUACAUAAUCAAGAAUUUUAACUUAAAUCUUAUAAUCAGAUACGGAUUUAUAACGUCACUUUUAUCAUAUGUGAGCCAAAUCAUUUUGGUUUAGUCGGUGUGACGAGUUUUUUAAGGUACUGGCCGCAGGAAUCCUUUCUUUGGUUGUGGAGAAAAGGAUUCGAAAAACGCAAAUAUUUUUCGACGAAAUCGGUUGGUCUUUAAAUAUUGUAGGCAAAGAUGCUGAAAUGAAGCUCGAGAAAAAAUGCAAACUGAUAAAUAUCAGUAUAUACGCCAUUAUGCUCUUUUUAGUAAUCACUCUGCUUGUUAACUUGCCCUUUGUUGGGAGCCAGCGAGACCUGUUUCUUAGUAUUCAAGUUUUUGAGGAGUAUUUUGGCAAGUGGUCGGAGAUUUUGGAUCGGUUGUAUUUCACAUUGGCGCCGUUUUUGAGUUAUCACGGCGCCAGAUUGUCUUUUACUUGCAUUUACGCGAUUCUGCAAGUGCAAGUUCAAUUCUCCCUCAUUGGAGAAUAUUUGUUUGAGACAUAUCAGGUGGAUGAUUCGAAAAGUUGGAAGUAUUUGCAAGACACUCGGUAUCAGCACGAUAUUGGAGAAUCCUUGCGUCUGUGUGUUGAACACCACGUUGCUUUGAAAAAAUCGAUCAAAAUGAUGGUUGAUGUUGCACUUACAUGCCUGCCAUUCCUAGUACUGCUAGGUCUAAGCACUUUGAUUAGUUGUCUCGCGUUCAUCAUGAAUUUUUGGGACACCAUGGACAAUAUUUUAAAACUACGAAUAUUUAUGUGGGCUGCAUGGAUUGUUCUCAUCACUAUAAUGUUUUGCAGGAGUGGCCAACAACUCAUCGAUGCGACGAGCGAUAUUUUUUUUACUUUGGGUGGAGCUCCUUGGUACUACUGGAAUUUAGAUAACAUUAAAAUUCUUCUCACAUUUAUGGCAAAUAGCACUAAAAAUGAUAGUAUUUCUCUGGCUGGGAUUUGUCUAGAUUACCCAUUGUUUGUUUCGGUCGCAAACACCACCGUCUCAUAUGCUCUCGUUCUGUACAAUCUUCGCGAAAGUAGUCUUGAUUCAAGCAACAAAAAGUAACACUUUCAGCUACAGUUUUACGCACUGACGGAAUAUUAUUAGUAUUAUUAAUUUAUUACACAUAACAGGCACUUAAAAGGUAGUCAUUUUACAAAUGAGUUAUGAUUGGCCAGGGCAGUACAUUCACAGUAAAAAAUUUUGGGUUGGUAACUUUGGAUACUAUUCGGAAAUAAAAUUAACUAGACGCCCUCUGGUGAUGACUUUUGAACUAUGUCGAAAACAGUAAGGAAAUUUUGGUAAUUCCACAUUCAAUUGACAUUUAAUGAAUUGUUUAACAAUUUUGCGUGUAUAGUGUUAAUUGCUUACAUUAGAGAGAAUCACUUUAAAAAUACGUGGUGGUAAAUACUAGCGUUCACUUUAGUUCUGCGGUUUUUCGUGGUAUAAAGUGUUUAUUGUUGGAAUUUGAAAGUGGAUUAAAAGUGAAAAAGAUUUGAAUUUUCAUUACAAAGUGUUAUCAAACAGUUGUCUAAUUAAAGACUAUAAGUAAUGGAUCACAGCGAACAUAAAGUUGGGCUCAAGAAACCAAUAAAUUAGUGAAGUUUGUGAAUUUUAGGUUAGAAUUUUUCCACUGAUAAGAUCAUGAAAUACUUCGAUAAAUCAACAAAACUACAAUUAAGAUUAACAACUGCUAAUACACUUAAACGUAAAUUAUGCCAAAAGGUAGGCUUUUCAAUGUCUUUGUAAUAAUUUUCCAAUAAAGAAAGUGAACCAAACA